AACGAUGGCGCCAGCAUGAGAGCACACUUUUCCCCCUUUUCCUUCGGUAUCAAGGAGAACCCACGCGAACCCAUUUCAUUUCCAUUCCCAGAGGAGUCCUGAUUCUGACAAGAAGGUAGAGACCUUGAGGUCAGAGAGUUCUGGGGAAUGGAACUGGAGACAAAGAUUGAUCGCUUGCCUAUUGACUUGCUGGCUCAUAUUUUUUGUUUCUUCUCCUCCUUCACUGAUUUGGCUCAGGCGAGUAGUGUGUGCAAGAAUUGGAAACAAGGGGUCAAGGAAUCUUUGGCUCGCAAACAGAAUCUGAGCUUCGCCGGAUGGAAAAUGGAUGAUGAAUCCACAGCUCGCCUCGUUUGCGAUGCCUACAACCUCAAAAAGCUUGACAUCCCGAGGAGCCGUUGGGGUUGCCAAAUAACUGAUAGCGGACUUAUCAAAAUAUCUUUGGCAAAGUGUGUAGGCAAUCUCACAUCCAUCUCACUCUGGGGUUUGACUGGGAUUACAGAUGAAGGAGUUAUUCAACUGGUAUGUUAUGGUUUUAUGGUUCUUGCAACUUCCUCAGUUGUCUAGGAGCUUUUCCUCGGAUUCCUGUAACUAGCCUGUUUGGUUGGGCAUUUUUUUAACUCAAAAGCACGUUUGUAAAUUUUUGACAUGUUUGGUUGAGUUUUUGACCUAUCCUCCUUAUGAGCCAAAAGUGAGAUUGAAACGCAUGAUAAGCUAAUUUGAGAAGCUUUUGUCUGAGCUUCAUCAUACUUAUGGUUGGUAGAGCACCUACAACUUCCAUAUUCAUAUAUUAAAUUUAGAUCAAGUUCUUUAUAAUUUCUUCAUCAACUUCUUCAAUAAAAAUAUGA